AUGGUAAGCGUGUAUGUUUCUCGGGCCGGCUCGUGUGUAAAUCGUAAUUAAUCCCGUCGAUUCGUCUCCAUCGCGGCCGCACAUUUGAAGUGUUUGUAAAGGGAUGCUCGAACCUUCGUUUCGUAUAUAAAUAUUAUGGUGAACGUGCCCAAACAGAGGAGGACUUUCUGCAAAGGGAAGUGCAAGAAGCACACCCUGCACAAAGUCACACAGUACAAGAAGGGCAAGGAUUCCCUCUACGCCCAGGGCAAGCGUCGGUACGACCGUAAGCAGCGGGGGUAUGGUGGUCAGACCAAGCCCAUCUUCAGGAAGAAGGCCAAAACGACUAAGAAGAUCGUGUUGCGUAUGGAGUGCACAGAGUGCAAGAACCGUAAGCAGCUGCCCAUCAAGCGCUGCAAGCACUUCGAGAUUGGUGGCGACAAGAAGCGCAAGGGUCAAAUGAUCCAGUUCUAAUCUGCCUUUGUAAAUUCCAUCUCCCAGCAGCACAAGCUAUUAAAAAAAAUGGCGCCAUC